ACAUUUCUUAUCUCUCGUUUAUGCCAAGUGAUCAUCGGGAUUUGUUGGUUAUGAUUUGUAUGGAUUUAUUUCAUUAUUUAAUUUUGUAAUUCGUGCCUACUGAACGCAGUUGCGGUCAGUCAUGAAUUCAUGAUCGUUCGAAAUUUAAAUUCAAACGCUACUUGAACGCAACAUCCUACAGCAAUGCAUAGGACCGCCACCAAUUAAACGUAUUCUCACUGCAUCGUUUUAGAUUACGUUUUGUUGUUUUUCUCAACGAACUAAUUCAUAGUUUUAUAUAUGCAUUUGAAUAAACACAAUAAUUGGUAGUAUGAAGAGAAGGAAUGGCGAUUGUGGAAAAUCUCGAAAGGCCUUGAAAAGAAACAAAUCUGCCUCCGAAGGAAUCUACUGGAGUUCAGUACAUUAUUUGAAGCUGUUCGGCAUUUGGCUCGUUUUAAUACUACUUGAUUAUUUACUGCACUUUCGGUUUGAAUACGUUUGGCCAUUUUGGCUUCUGUUUCACAAAAUUUUUGAAGGAAUUAAACAUCAAGGAUUUGUUUAUACAGUGUUUUUUGUUUGUAUUGCAUUGACAUCAGACAUGGUGUGCUUUUUCUUCAUACCCGUACAUUGGUUGCUGUUUGUUGCUAGUACAUAUUUUUGGGUGCAAUAUAUUUACCAAGCAGAAAAAUGUGUUUCUUGGCCAGUGGUAACUUUAUUAGUCUUGUACAUUUAUGUGGAGGCUUAUAUCCGACUGAAUAACCCUGACCAUAUUCCUUAUAAAUUGGUUUUGUGUAAACCUUUAGCUGCCAACUGUAUUGGAUAUCCUGUGGUUACACUAUGUUUUGGUUUCAAAAGUUACUUAAGUCAUAAAUUGAGACAAAAACAACAACAGAGGGUUUCUAAAGAAAAUGAGUUUUACCAAAACUUAUUAUUAGAUGCUUUACCAUUUGAUAGAAUAACCGGCUCCAUUAUACCUAGUCAAGAAAAUGAUGAUGGAGAAAUAUGGUUGGAAUCAAUUUGUGAGGUACCUGCAGAUGAAAAUGAUGUACAUAAUAAUAAAGUGAUAUCAAAUGGUAGUGUUCCACAUAAAAAACCUGAAAAACAAGAUACAAUAUGUACUGAAAUACCUAAUAAAAAAAUAGUAACUAAUGAUAAAUUAAUUUGUAAUAGUAACCAAGAAAAUCAUGUAAAUAAAGAAACAGAAAAAAACAAAAGGGUGACCCCUAAAGCGUCAUCAACUAAAAAUAAUAAUCAUCUAAGGUGUAGUAAUCAAAACUCAAGCACAAAAGAAUCUACAAAAGCUAAAGGCACUUCACCACUAAGACUAGAAAAGCCUUUAAUUGUUGAUCCUAAAGACAUAUAUUGUGAAACAUUGGAAAAUGAGUUAAAAAGGCUUAAAUCUGAACUUCAUUCAUGUAGUCAAAUAGAAAAAGAACUGAGAAAUCAGUUAAAUACAGCUUUGCUUGAAAAUUCAAACACAUCAAAUGAUUUGACAAGGCUGAAACAAGAACACGAAGAUACCAAAACUAAGGUUAUCAAUUUGGUAGUAACUCACCAAAAUGAUAGACAGAUGGUGUCUCAACUUGAAAAACGUUUAUCAGAUGAAAAACGACAAAGGAUUUCAUGUGAGUCUCAAUUAGUCACAGAAAGAAGACAAUUAAAAAAAGUUGAAGAGCUUGCUGCUUCUAGAUUAUCAGCUUUAUCUACAAAACCAGAAUGUACGGAAAGCUGUAAGGUUAGACGCAGGGAGCUUGAAAAUGAAGCUAAAGCAUUACGCAAAGAACUUAGGAUAAAAGAUGAGCAGUAUGUGGCAGCCCAAAAAGAAGUCAAUGAUCUUCAACCAUACAAACAAAGUCAAGAUAAAAUUGAUUUUGUUAUGUCUGCGUUGUCAACAUUGAAAGACAAAAACGCUCAUUUAGAACACAGUCUGAGCGCGGAAACGCGCAUUAAACUCGAUCUGUUUUCAGCAUUAGGCGAAGCCAAGAGACAGCUAGAAAUUAAAAUUAAUAAAAUUUCGUCUCAAGAAAAAGAGAUUGAAGAACUCAAGUCUAAAAUGGCUCAGACAAUGAUUAUGACGCCACCAAAUAAUUCAUACCAUAUGGUAAACUCUGUUGGCGGAUCGCCAACAAUGAGGUUUGGUGGUAGUAAUUCACCACAGUCUAGCCUUGAUCCAAAUGCCACUAUAUAUACGCCUAAGAAAAGUUCACACUUAGUCACUGAAGCUUAAUUUUAUCAUAAAAAUUUAUUGAUAAGAAUAUAAUAACAAUUAGUUUGACGUGAACACCAAUCACCCAUAUUGCUUUUUGUACUUUGGUGUAUGUUUACCCAGUGUCUCAGCUUUUGUAAAAUGUGAUAAAGUUGUAUUUUAAUCUAAUAAUACAACAUCAAGCAUAACAGUAACUAAAACUAAUGAGUUCAAUAUUCUUUACUAUAUUAAAUUGUAUUUAUUUUUUUAUAU